UUGAGGUAUGCCAAGGUGCAUAAAUAGGUAUUACUGAGACUUUGUAGUUCACACUGAAACUUGGAACGCUUGCCCAGCUCCUCCAACAAGUGGGAGGGUAAACAAGCAGUAGCCAUGGAGAAGAGUUGUAUAUCUGUGUUCCUGCUGCUUGUUGCUGUCUCUUAUGCACUGGCUAAAGACUUAACGUCUAAGAACGAUGGCAAAAGGGAUACAAAAGAAGUAAAAGAAACCAAACCAAAACUGCCUCAAACUCUCUCCAGAGGGUGGGGUGAUAAUCUUAUCUGGACUCAGACCUAUGAAGAAGCCUUGUUCAGAGCCAAGAGCAGCAACAAGCCCCUGAUGAUCAUCCACCAUUUAGAGGACUGCCCACACAGUCAAGCAUUGAAGAAAGUAUUUGCUGAACACAAAGAAAUACAGAAACUGGCUGAAAAGUUUGUUCUUCUGAAUCUUGUUUAUGAAACAAUUGACAAACAUCUUUCACCUGAUGGGCAGUAUGUCCCUAGAGUUCUGUUUAUAGAUCCCUCCCUGACAGUUAGAGCAGAUAUUACUGGAAGAUACUCAAACCGUCUCUAUGCAUAUGAGCCUUCAGAUAUUUCAUUGUUGUAUUCAAAUAUGCAGAAAGCUCUGAAACUGCUGAAGACUGAAUUAUAAGGCAGGG